GUGGUGUGUGUGUGUGUGUGUGUGUUAGACUUCCAUGUGGCGGCGCCCGUGGCGACCUUCAACCUGAGGAAAGUUGAGCUAACUCCUCUCGAGCAGCGUAAACUGACCUUCGACUCUCACGCCAUGGCGACGGAGCUGGAGAGCAGCGGUUUUGAGAAGCGUCAGGCGGAGCUGAUCGUUUCGGCUCUGGUCACUCUGACGACAGCGAACAUGGACAUCGUUUAUAAAGACAUGGUGACCAAAGCCCAUCAGGAGAUCGCGGUGCAGCAGAUUAUGGCUCAUCUGGACUCCAUCAGGAAGGACAUGGUGAUCCUGGAGAAGAGCGAGUUCGCUAACCUUCGCUCUGAGAACACGAAAAUGAAGCGGGAGCUGGAGCAGCUGCACAACCGACUGAAGGAGGAGAGUCUGAAAGUCCGAGCAGAAACCAAACUGGACAUCAACCUGGAGCGCAGCAGAGUCUCUGACAUGUUUACUGAACAAGAGAAGAAGCUGAUGGAGGCCAGUACAGAGUUCCACCACAGGGAGCUGCGAUCCCUACAGAGAUAG